GAUAAAAGUUUUAAAUGAAGUGAGUAAGAAGUGUGGUCUAGAUAUAAACAAAGACAAAAGUGCUGUAUUGAUAUUUAACUGUAAAGAACAGCCGGAGGAAGUAGAAGGAAUACCCACGGCAGACAAGUUGAAGUAUCUUGGUGUGAAGAUCGGAAAUCAGAGGAAUAUGUUCAAAGAGCAGAAAAGGCAGAUGAUACAAAAAGCUCAAAGAAUGGCAAAUAUGACGUAUGGGGUGGUCGCAAGAAGUUGCAACAAACUGCUGAUAGGGAAAACCUUCUGGAAGAGCCUUGCUCUGCCAUCCAUAUUAUAUGGUGUCAAUAUAUUCCACGUAACAGAAGAAGAGGUCAAGAAGCUGGAAGUUAUAGAAAACGGAGUAUAUCGGCAGAUACUUGGUGCACCGAAAUACACAGCCAACUGUGCCCUCCGAGGUGAAAUUGGAGCUUCGGCGAUGAAAACAAGAGUAAUCAAAGGACAUCUACAGUAUGUUAGAAGCACUCUACAAGGAAAUAACCAACUAUUGAAGGAAGUGAUAGAAACUCAAUUAGAAGAAAAGGGUACGAAAUGGGCGAGGAUGAUUAUCACACACUUAGAAACCCUAAAUCUAAACCAAGGCGACCUUAGAAACAUGAAGAAAGAAGAACUAAAUAAGAAGAUGAUUAGUUGGGACGAUGAAAGAUGGAAAGAGGAAGUAGAGACUAAAACAAGUUUGAAGGUAUACAAGAGAUGGAAGCUGAAGAUAAAAGAGGAUGAUGUUUAUGACAACACCCCGCAAUCAAGAAUCCUCUUUCAAGCGAGGACGGAUACUCUCCCUCUGAACGCAAGGAAGAAGUUUACAAAAGAAAGAACGAACUGUGCCUUGUGUGAAGCGGAAAAUGAAGAUAUUAAUCAUUUCUUGCUAGAAUGUCCAAUAUUAAAUGAAGUUAGGGUGAAUCAUCGUGAAUUACAACAGCCAUACUUGGAAGACAAAGAAGAAGUUAUAAUGAGAUUUCUAUUUGAUAAGGAAAGAAGGAAUAUGGAAGAAAAGAAACAGAUUUUGUACAGCAUGUGGACCCUAAGAACUAAAAGGCAAAAAGAGCUCAAUACUUGUUAAGCACCCCGUACCAACUCAUAGCGCGAUAGUUUAAGUUAAAGUUU